UAAACGUUGGAAACGUUUUUCGGGGUUGUCCGGUUUUCACCGUUCAUCGUGGGCUUGUAGCUGACAUUCUGCGAUUUUAACGUUACAGGCCGAGUGGGUGCGCCAUGGCCUCCAGCAUAGAGUCCUACGUGGGCCACACCGUCUCUGUCAUCACAGCAGAUGGCCGCAACAUCGUGGGCACGCUGAAAGGCUUCGACCAGACCAUCAACAUCAUCCUGGAUGAGAGUCACGAGCGUGUGUACAGCCAGAGCGCCGGCGUGGAGCAGGUGGUGUUGGGUCUGUACCUGAUCCGUGGCGACAACGUGGUGGUGAUCGGCGAGAUUGACGAGGAUCUGGACUCGCGCGUCGACUUCCAGAACGUGCACGCCGAGCCGCUGAUGUCGAUCGUGCGCGGCUAGCCGGGCACGAUCGACAUCACUGCCGGACGCGGCUAGCCGGGCCGGGCAGUGUGGCCUCCGCCGCGCUCGCUCCAGUGCGGUACGUGUCGUCCCCGA